CUUUUCCUGAGCCGCUCAGAUCUUUGUGGAAGUGGGUGGGCUGCACAUAUACGGGACGGAUUCGUAUAGGCUUGCACCCUGGUUCCGAAUUUUGCAAACAUUCGCAGUCUGGGUCACUGUCAUCCGGACUGGGAAUCCCCAAGACCCGUUAAGGGAGGGCAGAAGGAGCUGGACCCUAGCUGCCCCAGUAGGCAAGGACACUUGAAGAUCAAAUCUGUUCCGGCCUGGCAGCCUCUCCCGAGCUGGGCAGGGGCCCCAGGCACCGUGAUGUGGAGUCAAGCCGCCUAUACCUCCCUUGGCUGCCCCAGGGUUGCUAGGAUCCAGCAAUGCCUGUGAGAAAACCUCCUUCACCUUCCUCAGGCAGGAGCUGCCUGUGCGCCUGGCCAACAUCAUGAAGGAGAUCAACCUGCUUCCCGACCGGGUGCUGAGCACACCCUCUGUGCAGCUGGUGCAGAGCUGGUAUGUCCAGAGCCUCCUGGACAUAAUGGAGUUCCUGGACAAGGACCCCGAGGACCAUCGCACCCUGAGCCAGUUCACUGAUGCCCUGGUCACCAUCCGGAACCGGCACAACGACGUGGUGCCCACCAUGGCACAAGGCGUGCUUGAGUACAAGGACACCUAUGGUGAUGACCCCGUCUCCAACCAGAACAUCCAGUACUUCCUGGACCGCUUCUACCUCAGCCGCAUCUCCAUCCGCAUGCUCAUCAACCAGCACACCCUCAUCUUUGACGGCAGCACCAACCCAGCCCAUCCCAAACACAUUGGCAGCAUUGACCCCAACUGCAACGUCUCUGAGGUGGUCAAAGAUGCCUACGACAUGGCUAAGCUCCUGUGUGACAAGUAUUACAUGGCCUCACCUGACCUGGAGAUCCAGGAGAUCAAUGCAGCCAACUCCAAACAGCCGAUUCACAUGGUCUAUGUCCCCUCCCACCUCUACCACAUGCUCUUUGAGCUCUUCAAGAAUGCCAUGCGGGCGACUGUGGAAAGCCAUGAGUCCAGCCUCAUUCUCCCACCCAUCAAGGUCAUGGUGGCCUUGGGUGAGGAAGAUCUGUCCAUCAAGAUGAGUGACCGAGGUGGGGGUGUUCCCUUGAGGAAGAUUGAGCGACUCUUCAGCUACAUGUACUCCACAGCACCCACCCCCCAGCCUGGCACCGGGGGGACGCCGUUGGCUGGUUUUGGUUACGGGCUCCCCAUUUCCCGCCUCUACGCCAAGUACUUCCAGGGAGACCUGCAGCUCUUCUCCAUGGAAGGCUUUGGGACCGACGCUGUCAUCUAUCUCAAGGCCCUGUCCACGGACUCGGUGGAGCGCCUGCCUGUCUACAACAAGUCAGCCUGGCGCCACUACCAGACCAUCCAGGAGGCCGGCGACUGGUGUGUGCCCAGCACGGAGCCCAAGAACACGUCCACGUACCGCGUCAGCUAAGGGCCGCCACUCAUCUGCACCUGAGAGGACGGACUGCCGCCUCUGGGCCCCACCACCACGGUGCCCCUCACCGUCCUCCUGGGGGAGCAGGGGGUGGGUUCUCCCUGAUGACCAGGCCCAGUCUCUAUAGAAGUCACUGCGGUGAUAGGUCUGUGAUGGUCCCUAAGUGCCAGUCCAUCUCCGUGGAGAGCCCUCGGUGGCCUCCCCAUCUCUGUGGGCGAUGCCUGAGGGUUGGGGAUGUCUCCACCCUGAUGGGGUGUCCCAGAGACAUUUCCCCAUGGCAGUCCUCCUCUCUGAGACCAGGGCUGUCACUUUUCUGCCAGGGGUACUGGGUCCCCCUCAGCACCCUCCACAGCCCAGGCCUUCCAAGUGGAUGCUCCGCUUGCCUUAUUCUCCCAGCCCACAGAGGCACCCUGGGCUUUGGCCUGUUGAAGAGGCUGGGUGCCCUCCAGACCUGGGGACUGAGUGAAGAAAGGGGUUACACCCGUGAGUGGGGAAUGAGGCUGGUCCUGCAGCCUCUCUCUCCACUCGGGACUUUAAGGUCGGUGACAGAGGGGGUGGCUCUCACAGGGCCCAACCCUAAAGUGGAGGAACCUUGUUAGACCCAGAGCUUGCCACCCAGCCAAGCUGCUCGAGGCCCUGCAGCAGCCUUGGCAAUGUCUGUGCCACCUCCCGAGCCCUCCCAGCAUGUCCUCACGUGCUCAUGCCCAUCCGCCCCUCCACAAGCCCAGUCCGUCCUGCCUGAGUUCCAGCCCCCAGCCCCCACUGUGCCCAGACACGUGUGCUCAGGGUGGCUUUCUCCCAGGACCCUCUGUGUAUAUAGUUAGUUUUAUAACCCUGAAUGCCCCCACCCUUCCCCUAAGCACACGGGGGUUAAAGCUGUGUGUCCCUCCCAGUGGCUGUGGCAGUGACAGUGACACCCACACCCACAGUAAAGAGGAGACUGAAUGAGACUGGCCUGGCUGCAUCCCUGGGGGAGGGGACCCACACGUGCGCGCGUACACACGCACACUGCAGCGCCCUGUGACCACCACAUGACGCACUCGGGACGUCCGGCCCAGCUCAGGACCGUGAGUAAAAUACUGGGCAAAGCCAUCUGUGCAGAACGCCGGAUGGCCCAGCACCUGGUGACAGACCUGUUGUCCCACCACACUCAGGGCCCAGCAGAAUCUGGCCAACCCAACAGCUGGAGCAGACAGAAAUUCUGGUCACUGGCACAUCAUAAGUGUUUAUUGAAAUAAAUUGAGAACUGCCUCCCCUUC